CAGAUUUGCUGCAUCAGACGAUGACAUACGGUUCUACACUAGGUAAGAUUUAAAACUUAUAAAUAAUAUUAUAUCAUUAUUAGGAUGCUGUAUUAUAAUUUUCUGGUCUUUGCAUAAUACAGUAUGUCUAUGUAGAUAUUUUAUUUACAUGUCAGUAAACCCAUAUACUAUACAAGUAAGCUACAAUACAGUCUAAAAGUAAGAUAAAACUGUUGGUCAUUUUGUGAUGUGUAUUAUCUCAAACAUGUCCCACAUCUUAUGUAGGUUUGUGACUUACAAUCACUUAAUGGCGUUCUGGAGACUCAUUGAACCUGCAUCCCACAACAUGGUUCGUGUGACCAGAGCAAGGGCAGCUACAACUAGGAGUGAAGUGCGCAUCUGGAGGUCUAAGGAGGCGGUCAAGGCUCACAUGCCAAAGGAGUUCCAGGACUAUCCAGACACACAAGUGGUGAUCAACUGCACAGAGCUGCGGUGCCAAACUCCAUCCUCUCUCCUGCUUCAAAGUGAAGUGUUCUCCUCUUAUAAAUCCCACUGCACCUUCAAGGGGUUAAUUGGCAUGGCACCACAUGGCGCAGUCACCUUUAUGUCAUCCCUGUAUGCAGGAUCCAUCAGUGACAAGGAGCUUCUCAAGCAGUCUGGGAUUGUGUCUCUGCUGAAACCUGACAUGGCUAUUAUGGCCGACAAAGGUUUUCUCGUGGACGACUGUGUGCCAUGCAAAGUCUACAGACCUGCUUACCUGUCAAAAAGAGAACAGAUGUCGGCUGAUGAGGUAAAGGAAACUCAAUCCAUUGCUCGACUGAGGGUCCAUGUUGAGCGUCUCAUCCGCAGGGUGAAACAACACAAGCUGUUUGAUACAGUCAUCCCUCUUUCCAUCACAGGGAGCAUCAACCAGCUAUACACUGUUGCUUGCCUCCUUGUGAACUACCAGAAUGGCCCCUUGGUAAAAGCAUGGGCAAAGGAUUAA